CUCUCUAUAGUCUAUAUAUUCACGUUCUUGCAACUUGCAACUCCAAAGUCCAAAUUACAAUGUCUGUGACAGCAGCAGCCACCUUACUAUUUCUCGCCGCGGUAAUUUCCGCUGCGAACUCGUGCCCGCCCUCCGAACGGGAAGCACUAUUAGCCUUCAAGGCUGCUCUCCGGGAGCCGUACAACGGCGGAAUCUUCAACUCAUGGACCGGCACUAACUGCUGCCGGAACUGGCUCGGCGUAGCAUGCGACCAGAACUCCGGCAGAGUAGCCGAGAUCAACCUCCGUGCCACCACGCUCUACACAACGUUCGAGAAGCCUCAUCGCCAGGGAUACAUGGCCGGUCACAUCUCCCCGGAGAUCUGCAAACUCGCUAGCCUCUCCAGCAUCGUCAUCACUGACUGGCAAGGAAUCUCCGGCGACGUUCCUCCCUGCAUCACCUCCCUCUCCUUCCUCCGCAUCAUCGAUCUCACUGGAAACCGAAUCACCGGAACCCUCCCCUCCAACAUCGGAAACCUCCGGCAGCUGACGCAUCUUAGCGCCGCCGACAACUCCAUCACCGGCGUAAUACCGGCAUCGAUUUCGUCGUUGACCGGAUUAACGUACCUUGACCUCCGUAACAACAGAAUCUCUGGCCCGAUCCCAAACAGUUUGGGCCAACUAAAGUUUCUGAGCCGGGCCUUCCUUAGCGGGAACCAGAUUAGUGGGCCAAUUCCGGUCUCAAUUUCUCGAAUGUAUCGUCUCGUGGAUCUGGAUCUUUCUCGAAACAGGCUAUCUGGGCCUAUACCUGAGUCAUUGGGCCGAAUGCCAGUUCUAGCAACACUAAAUUUGAAUACAAACAACCUUUCGGGAAAGAUUCCAUCGGGCCUAUUGGGCUCAGGUAUCAGUGAUUUGGACUUGAGCCAUAACAUGCUGGAGGGUUAUAUACCUGAUUCGUUUGGGCCAAAGUCUUAUUUUACAUGUUUGGAAUUAGGUUACAAUAAUUUUAGGGGUUCGAUCCCUAAAUCCAUUGCUAAAGCUGCAUUUAUUGGGUUUCUUGAUUUGAGCUAUAAUCACUUGUGUGGCCCAAUUCCAAAGGGCGGUGUGUUUGAUACUCUUGAUGAGUCCUCAUUCGCCCACAAUGAUUGUCUCUGUGGGAAGCCACUACUCAAAGCUUGCUAAUUAUUAUUCUUUUGUUUAUUUUUCGUGUUCUUUCAAAAUGCGUCUGUAUUUGUGAGCUAGAAAAGUAAGUUAUUCUUCGAAGGAACCUCUAUUUUUUUUGUUGUUGUAAACCAUAUGUAUGUCGCUCUAUCUGUGAUAAGCCAGAAAAGUAAGUUAUUCUUGAUAAGGUUAAAUUAACUUUAUCCAAAUCAAAAUAUAUG